AUGAACUGGUUUCAAAAAGGAACGGCAGCAGCUGGUCAGAAACGUUUAUUGUUUGCAAAAUCAGUGCUGUUGCGGUCAAUAAGUGAAAGUCCCAAAACCGCAACUCCCUGCCGGUGCUGUUCAACGAAACUGGCUGGAGUUCCAUCCUCCAAAGGGUCUCUUCACGCUGGUGGUAACAUUGGUACCGAACGAACAAAGUUCAUGAUUCCGCCAAAUUAUCGACAUGUGUACAGAGAAUUUCUGCCGGACCCCAAGGUAGAAUGGCGCAAUGCAGUGCGCGAAAAGCUUGAGCGCAAGGAUAUGUUGGAUCGUCGGGCAAACAUUGAUAUUCCAGAAUUUUACGUAGGAUCAGUACUUGCCGUCACAUCGUCUGAUCCGCACGCUGAAAACAAAACAGCUAGAUUUUUAGGUGUUUGUAUUUUAAGAGAAAAGUGUGGGCUGCGUGCUCGAUUCAUUCUUCGCAACGUGAUCGACCACCAGGGAAUCGAGAUAAGCUAUGACCUUUACGAUCCAGCUCUGCAAAAAAUUCAAGUCAUGCGGCUAGAGAAGCGCCUGGAUGACCAUCUGCUGUACCUUCGUGACGCACUGGACGAGUUUAGUACGUUUGAUGUAAACAUGGAACCAGAGAUUCUACCUGACGGUUUACCGGUACCAGUGAACGACAUUAAAGUGAUACUAAAACCAAGGCCGUGGUACGCUCGCUGGGAGCGAUGUGACCUGGCUGGUGUGGCCAACAUUGACGAGCAUAUCAACGAACGCAGACGUGUGAAGGCAGCAGCAGUUGCAAAACCGUGGGAAAAAUACGAUCUCAUGAAAGAAUACCGCAGUACUAUACCGGAAGAGGAACAGAGAGAUAUUUUCGCUGAAAUCCACUCGCAGUUGUACUCAUUGGAACUGAUGAGAAAAAAACUGAAACGCAAGCGCACGUUUACCAAACCAGCCAAACUUGCGUAAUCGCUGCGGGAGAGGGACAAGGAGUAGUAGGUGCAUUUUGUA